ACAUGUUCCGAUUUCGCAGCGGUCUGCUGAAGCACAUCAUCGGUGAAACACUCGGAGUUUGCGUUUUGCCAGUGUUUCACAAGAACUGAGCGGGCGAUCGCGAUACCGGCGAAGACGGGCCGUCAUGAAGAAGCGCUUUCACGGCAAAAGCAGGGGCGCCAGGCAUUCGGCGGGCCGUGCGAACAAGCAAGAGAGGCUAAGCAGCGAUGACACUUCGGAUCCGAGACCCGAAAGCAGGGACUCCGACGACGAAGGCGAUGAGAAAGUGCAUUGGCCCUUCUCUGUGGCUAUGUGGGAGUUGGGACACUGCGAUCCCAAGCGGUGUACGGGACGUAAGUUGGCACGCAAGGGACUCGUGAGACUGCUGCGACUGGGACAGCGAUUCCCGGGUGUUGUGCUGACGCCUUCGGCUACACGUUGCCUGUCACCGGAGGACCGGCAGGUGGUGUCACAGCAUGGCCUGGCACUUGUAGACUGCUCAUGGGCACGGCUCGAUGAGGUGCCGUUCAGCCAGAUGCGAGGCGGCCAUCCACGACUGCUGCCCCACCUUGUAGCCGCAAACCCUGUCAACUAUGGCCGACCCCUGCAACUGUCAUGCGUCGAGGCGUUGGCGGCCGCUUGCUACAUCACAGGCUUUGAGCAGCUAGCCCGAGAAUGUCUGAGGCCCUUCAAGUGGGGACACGCUUUCCUGGAGCUUAACGAGGAGCUGCUGGAUGCCUACGCAACGGCAGCCGAUGGUGCGGCCGUCCUGGACAUACAGCAGCGACACUUGGAGCAGGCUCGGUGGGACAGGCAAAACCGGGGUGACAUGGAGCUACCGCCAACCGACAGCAGCAGCACCGACAGUUCAGAAGAUGAUGCAGCAGAAGAAUCCGCAUCAAGUCACGCCGAGGAACUGAAGGCCACUGACAAAGCCCCUGAAGUUGAAACUAUGCUUACAGGAUUAAAAACUAGAGAGUAAACACAUGUUGUACAGAAAACUUGUGCUUGUUUUGCUAAUCUAUGGGAUACCAGGUAUUGUUUGCCGAAGUACGACAUAUUAAAUUUCUGUCUAAGUUGGCUUCAAAAUUCAAUGCUACACUUGGCAACAUGUUGCCAAAUAAAUCUCUGCUUUCGCUGGUCA